AUGUCGCUCCCCGAAAAAGCCGGCAUACAAGCCGAAUCCAUCGAACUAGCCAAACCCACCACCCUCCACCUCCCCAACCACACCGGCGACGUCGACCUCCUCGACUCGACCGGCAAAGUCCGCCGCAUCCCGAUCCCCUCCGCCGACCCCAAUGAUCCUCUCAACCUGAGCAAGUGGCGCAAACUCGGCAUCAUCAUCACGACCUGCUUCUACGCCAUCUUCUCCUUAGUCCUGGUAGGCGGCGCGGGCUCGAUCCUGCCCUUCUGGAUCGCGCUUUAUGCUCCGCAGGGGAAGUCGAUCCAGCAGGUGGUGAAUUUGACUACGUAUCCGAGUUUGGUUAUGGCGUUAGACCGUGGCGCAGGCGCCUUCGUAAUGCUCCCGUGCUCCAUAAUGUUUGGUCGCCGCCCGGUCCUCCUCGGCUGCUGCGCCCUGAUCUUCGCCUCUACCAUCGGCGCCGCGAAGAGCACAACCUACAACAGCCACAUGGCGUGCCGCAUCCUCCAAGGCAUCGCGACAGGAGCCACCGAAUCCGUGCUCCCGCUAAUUAUAAGCGACAUCUCCUUCCUCGACGAACGCGGCCUUCUCUUCGCCUGCUACUGGGGUUUCCAGAACUUCAUCGGGAACAUCUUCACCAUCACCGUUGGGUUCCUGGUGGCCGAGACGUCGUGGAGGUGGUUCUAUUGGUUAUUAACGAUUCUGGGGGCGGUGGGGUUCGCGUUGAUCUUCUUCUUGGUGCCGGAGACGAGGUAUUCGCGGUCGCCGAUGGCGAUGGAGGGGCAGGUUUGCUAUACGGAUGAGUUUGGACAUACCAUGCUUCUUACUGAUGCCGAGGCACGAGAACGGUUUGGCGCUACGCUGGAAGGUCAGGCGAAUAAUGAGUUUGGCCCGCGUGUGUCUUAUGUCCGCAGUCUGAACCCGGUCACUUCGGCUGUCCCGAAUGCUUUCCGGGUCGGAGGCGGAGCACUUGUCAAGAUGGUGUCUUCCUUGAGCUCGCCGGGCGUUAUCUGGGCGAUCCUGGCGACUUCAAUCAGCCUCGGGGUCACAAUAGCCAUGUCACUCACCUACGGCGAGAUUCUGACGACCGACUUCGGAUGGUCCAUGGCCUCAGUCGGGCUCAUCAACUGCGGCGGCUUUCCCGCGGCCAUCGUCGCAAUGGCAUUAGCAGGUCCUUUGUCCGACAAGCUCAUUCUUUAUAUGGCUUCGCGACGGGGCGGUGUCCAUCGGCCAGAGGAUAUCCUGAUUACGCUGGCAUUUCCGUCCCUAGUCAGUGCGAUCGGCAUUAUCAUCUAUGGUGUGACGGCCCAGAAUCCUGCCGCUCAUAGUGCCUGGGGUAUCAUCAUGGGCUGGACGUUAUUCAAUAUUGGCUUCAUCGUGGCGCUCGUCACGGGUACGCACUUUGCAGCUGAAGCGUAUCCGCAGAAUCCAGGUCCUGCGCUCGUCAUGGUCGUCGGUUCGAAGAACAUCGUAUCUUUCGGUAAGUGGGAUGAGAGAAAAGCGUCCGAGUUGGUGAAGCUAAUGGCGAGAACAGCGGCAUCGUUCGGCAUCAUUCCACUGGUCCACAGGUUCAAUUACCUGACAGCAUAUAUGAUCCUUCUGGGUGCAUUCUGCGGCAUAUUCCUGCUCGGGAUUCCUGUCUACUUCCUCAAUCCAAAGUGGCGUGCUAUGGUUGGCAAGAAGCAAACAGAGUAG